UCUGCUCGGUCUGGCUUAACUCAGCCUUGGCCUAUUUUUGACCCUGGAACGACGAUGAUGCGGAAUUUCUACAGACUACAAAACGGUGUUUUCCUCUGGAGCUAGAAACAUAAGGAAACGGCGCACGAGAUGCUUGUACACUCCACCAAAAUGUGGCGCACCGUCAGAGUACACUGACAGUGUACACACUGAGGUGGCGGAUCUUUCUUAAGGUAGUACUAAACCAAAUAACUUCCGGCUGGGUCGUACUAAACCAAAUAACUUCCGGCUGGGUCAAAGUUGGAGGUGCACCGAACUUUUGAUAGAGAAGUGAACACCACAAGUCCUGUGAUUGGUUAUAAAUACUUUUGGAUGUCAACAGAAAGUCCUGGGCAUCUGCAGUUGCUGAAAUAAAAAUAAAAACAAAACAAUAAAAAAUCACAAGACAUGCCAAGUGUCAAGCUGUUAAAUGACCUGGAUACAGUCUAAUUCGGCAAGGGACGUUACUCUUCGCGCGCAUGCAGAGUUGGAAUGUGAAAUAGUUAUACUGGAGACCAGAAUUGUUGUAAUAAGGAUUGUCCAACAAAUCGGACAGACUGAAAGGACGCAAUGUCGUUGUAUACCAUUCCAUGCAUGUUUACACGCUGAAGGUUAAAGUACGUAUGUCGUGGUCGCAAUUAAUACUCUAGUAUACAAUUAAUCAACCAUUUUACACGUGUUUACAUCCGCUGAAGGUUCAAGCACAUCUGUCGUAGGCUUGGUGAAUAUACAUUCAAUCAACAAUUUCACAUGUGAAGAUUCAAGCAUAUCUACCGUGAACCUACAAAUAGUGGAGGAAAAAAUCCAACAUUUACACGUGUUUACAUCCGCUGAAGGUUCAAGCACAUCUGUCGUGGGUUUGGUGAAUAUACAUUCAAUCAACCAUUUCACAUGUGAUGGUUUGAGCACAUCUAUCGUGGGCACGGUGAAACCACGAAUAGUGAAGAGAAAAAACAAUCCACGAUUUGGGGAAAACAUCAAAAUGGCUGCCGGCGGCAAAGGGGCAGUAGUGUUCCUCAUGAUAGAGCUAUCUCUCUUAGUUCCGUACAUCGUGGCCUUCUCGCUGGAUACUUGGACAGUGGUCUACGAAGACAGCCUCACAGUGUCCAGAAGAGCCAACAUGGGACUGUGGUGGGGGUGCGGCUACGACCACGACUUGCAGUUGGAGGAAAAGUCGAAAACUCAAGCCUGCUUCUCCAUGUUGGAGGCAGGGGUUCCAGCGUGGUUGCGGGCUGUUCAGGCGUUCGCUAUUCUCGGCAUUUUCUUCGGUGUCGUCUGCGUGGUCCUUACUGGGGUCAUGACGUGUGGCCCGUAUGACCCCGAUAGGGUUUUCAAAGUAUUCCUGCCCGUCUGGUACUUUGCAGGCUUCGCCAUGCUUCUAGCGAUCGUGAUUUUCGGAGCGAGCAUGCCACCGUACGAGAAAGCGGUUCCUGUCAUGAGGUUCGACAUUGAGAUCACGCGAGAUUUCAUCAUUCAAAAAUUCUGGACGGCAUUUAUUGUCGAGUCUAUCGCAGCUUGUCUUUGGAACGCCUUUGGGUUUAUCUUCCUUUGUGCUGUUUGCUGCUCGUGAAAAAAAGAAGUAAAAUGAUUGCUCGAAAUCUGCAGUGGGAAAAUAACUCAGAUGUCGGUCGCUACUAAAGAAAAAAACAAACAAACAAUAAAGUUUAACCCGUUA